GACCAGACAAAUAAACAGGGUCUCGGUUAAUGCUGGUAAUUCGAUUUCCAUCAUCCGGUAUAUAAGCGCAGCCGAUGGCCGGCCCUCGUUUAGCUGUAAAGUCUACAUCGUGCGCGGCUACCGCGACCGGAUAUCGAUGACCACUCACCCCGCGCGGCUUUCCCCGAUCUCACCGCGCUGAACGUACCGAGUCGGUUCACCUGUAAAUUCGAGCGAACGAGGCAUACCGAUAGGAAACAGGAGUUCGAAAGAGAUGGGCUGCGAGAAGUCUGAGAAAGAGAUGGAGGCUGGUGGUAACCAGAGUGAGCAGUACGCCAUCAAUCUACCGAGAGCUUUGAAUCUUGAGGAGAAGAAGUAUCUGCUCGCUGUGGAGAGAGGGGAUUUGGUUAAUGUGAAGAGGUUCAUUCAGUCGGCUAAUCGAGGCGGCGUCAAUGGCAAGACGCUGGACGUAAACUGUCUGGACAGCUUGGGCCGAGGCGCCUUGUCGCUGGCGAUCGAGGCGGAGAACCUGGAAAUGGUCGAGCUACUCGUGGUAAUGGGCGUCGAGACGAAGGACGCGCUUCUUCACGCAAUCGAUCAGGAGUUCGUGGAAGCUGUCGAGCUGCUCUUGGAACACGAGGAACUUCUGACUGCUGAAACAGUGGGCAACAAAAGUACUCUCGAAAUCACGCACAGUUGGCAAAAGAUCGAUCCAGCGACCGCGAGAUACCCGCCGGAACUGACGCCAUUGAUCUUGGCCGCACAACGGAACAAUUAUGAGAUCCUGAAGCUGUUGCUGGACCGCGGGGCUACUUUGCCGAUGCCGCACGACAUCAGAUGCGGGUGCGCUGAUUGUCUUAAAUCGACUACAGGUGACCCACUGAGACUGUCUUCUACCAGAAUUUCGGAGUACAAAGCCCUGGCCAGCCCAAGUCUCAUAGCCUUAAGCUCACCGGACCCUUUGCUGACUGCUUUCCAACUGAGCUGGGAACUUCGGGAUCUGAUCAUCGCGGAGCCAGAGAGCAGGGGGGAAUAUUUAAAGCUCCGUCGACAGGUGGAAAGAUUCGCCGUCGACCUGCUGCAACAAGUGCGCACCACCACCGAACUGCACACGAUACUGAACUAUGACCCCGACGACGAGAACGACCUGUCCACGAAGCAGCUGGCCAGAUUGGUGCUGGCCAUACAGUACAAACAGAAAACUUUCGUUGCCCAUUCCCACGUGCAACAACUUUUGGCUGCGAUCUGGUACGACGGCCUUCCUGGCUUCCGUCGGAUGACCACGGGUCAAAGGUGCGGGAUCCUCGUGAAAACAGCCAUGAUGUUUCCGUUCUACUGCAUGAUGUAUCUACUGGCGCCUGAAUCGAAAAUUGGCCGGCUGGUCCGGAAGCCUUUCGUAAAGUUUCUUACUCACGCCUCGUCUUACUUGUUCUUCCUGUUCAUUCUCAUGUUGGUUUCGCAACGCGCGGAAGUCGGGGUAGUUCGAUUGUUCGGCAGCGAGGACACGAAGAGGAGCCUCGAAGCAGAGCUGGCCAAGCAAAGAGGCGCUGCCCCGACGAUUUUAGAGGGUAUCGUUAUCUUGUACGUUCUUGGAUUUAUUUGGCAGGAGAUGAGAGAGGCUUACGUGGACGGGCUGAAAGCGUACUUGCGCGACAUGUGGAACUUCAUCGACUUCACCAGAAACUUUCUCUACAUUGCGACCGCGGUGUUAAGGGUAGCUGCGUAUCUGCAGCAGAAAGCUGAAAUAACGAAUGAUUCUAUGGCAGCCCUGGUGCCCAGGGAGAACUGGAGUGACUUUGAUCCACAGCUGAUCGCUGAAGGCUUGUUCGCGGGGGCUAACAUCUUCAGCGCUCUGAAAUUGAUCCAUUUGUUCAGCAUUAAUCCUCAUCUAGGUCCUCUUCAGAUAUCCCUUGGAAGAAUGGUGAUAGACAUCGUCAAGUUCUUCUUCAUCUACACGCUCGUGCUAUUCGCCUUUGCCUGCGGCUUGAAUCAGCUGCUUUGGUACUUCGCCGAGUUGGAGAGAAAGAAAUGCUACGUUGGCUUCGCUGAUCCUUCUUGGGACGCUGCCAGUGAAUCUUGUCUAAGAUGGAGAAGGUUCAGCAACCUAUUCGAGUCCUGUCAGAGUCUCUUCUGGGCCAGUUUCGGCGGUAUUGGAAUAGAAAGCUUCGAACUCACGGGAAUCAAGACUUACACUCGGUUUUGGGGUUUGCUGAUGUUCGGAUCCUACUCCGUGAUCAAUGUUAUCGUCCUGCUGAAUCUGCUGAUAGCAAUGAUGAGCAACAGCUACGCCAUGAUAGAGGAACGAGCAGACACGGAGUGGAAAUUCGCGAGGACGAAGCUAUGGAUGAGCUACUUCGAGGAAGGAGGAACUCUCCCGCCACCUUUCAACAUCUUCCCAGCGCCAAAGUUGUUGCUGAGGCUGUGCGGUAUUCAGAAGAAGGAUCUCAACAGGAAUAACAGCCAACGCAUUGGAACACACGACUCCGCUAAGUACGCAGCAGUGAUGAGAGCGUUAAUAUGGCGGUACGUGGUGAACGCUCACUCCGAGCACGAAAUGGAUCCUGUCACCGAAGAUGACAUCCACGAGCUGAAAUCGGACUUGUCCUCUUGGAGGUGCGAGCUGCUGGAAGUGCUAAGGAGGAAUGGAAUGGACAUUGCUGGCGCUGAUACCAAAGAACGAACUGUCUUAGGCAAGAAGAUGAAGGUCUGGGAAAGAAGGUUGAUGAAGGACUUCCAUGUGGCGACGCACGUGACGUGUUCCCUUGACAUUGAAGAAGAUGGGAAAUUAGAGCAGCCUGUAGAAGGCGAGGACAACGUCGCCAGAUGGAAGAGAAUUGCGAAAUUAGCCGUACAGAAAUCGCCCGAUCAUCGCUGGACACAGGUGGUGAACUGCGCUAUCAGGAGCUCGCAGAUCGGCAAGAGCAACAGCAAAGCGUCGAUGCAAAGUCAACAGAAUUUGAAGAUUGCCAUGGAGGAGGCGCAAAGGCUGGCUAACACGAGUCCUGUGCCACCUGCGGUGCCUAUUGACCUACCAGAAACCUACCUACCUGCUUCGACGAUCCUACAUGUCCUCCAGGACAUCGCAGAGACCGAUGAAACGCCGAAGGUCAGGCACCCUGAACUACCUAAGGUCACAAUAUCGUCGGAUCCUGUUACACACAGUAUUAAGCCGAAGCCCACAACGUCGAUGGACUAUGUCGACGAGAAACCCAUUAAAUUUGCGUCGUCUGCGCCACAACAUUCGCCGGCGCGCGCCGUCAAAAGGAAGUCCGUGAACUCUCAGACGACCGGCAGCCAACAAUCGACAGGUAAAAAUUUCAUGUGUUCCAUUUUCUAG